GGUUAAAGGCGGGUUAUUUAGCCUGACCAAUAGGAUUCGGGAUUUCUAAGUACAUAUCCUGAAGGUCAAUUGAUAUUCUGCUACAUAUUUCUACUGUUUUUGACGGAAAAUUGUGGUCUCACAAGUACUGACCGUCGUGUAAACUAAAGAGAACUAGAUGUGAAGGACGGGGUUAUCCAGUGCAUAUAAUAAGCUAAGGGCCUAAUCCUAAUUAGGCUUUGUUAUUAACUUUUAUAAAAUGAGCGGUAGUGGAACUGGAGGUGGUGGGGGCGGUGGCAGUAGUGGUGGAGGUUCUGGUCGUGCACACUUUCGUAGUCAGUUAGGCUGUUGUAUAUGUGGAACAAAGUCAUCAUCCUCUCGUUUUACCUCUAGUCAACGAUAUGCUGAGCAUUUUGGUGCAUGUUUUGGUCCACAGGGGACUACACGUUCAGGAGAUUUAUGCAAUGCAUGCGUUCUUUGUGUUAAACGUUGGCUUCAACGGGGUAGACAACCGAACUUCUUUGUACAGGUUCUUGACAGUAAGAAAGGUCCUGGACCGAAACAUAUGAAAGAGAUUACUAAACGAGCUCGUCGUCGGGAAGCCAAACAACAAGCGGCUGCUGCUAUCGCUUCAUCUGCAAGUAAAGAGCAGAAAUCUCUAAAAUCUGCUUCGAUUACUACCACUACCCAUACUCCUACUACACGUUCGUCUUGUGGAAACGGUCAUCAUUGUUUGAAUAACAGUUCCGGCUCACGUGGCAAUCUUCAUUACACACAAACAAAUCCAAAACCGGAGCAUUAUUUGCAUACAACACCUAGUUGUAUUCGUGUUCAGUCGAAUAUGUUUUCCCAGCAAUCUUAUAUGGGAGGUACGACACGAUCAAGUGCACAACACUCUCAGGCAUUAUCGAAUGGAUUAAGGUGUUCUUCGCAUAACAAUAGCAACAAUAAUCGUAAUAGUAAUUCCCACUGUUAUAAUCGAUCAUUAAAUCAUAAUAAUAAUAAAAAUGACACUUUAGAACAUGUAUGUUGUUCUUGUACAAUUUUGGAUCAGAAAGAUUAUUUAUCGAAAUUAUCUCAUCCACAAGGUGCUACACGAACUCGUGCAGCUGCUGCUAGGCAAUUAGAAGCAGCCAGUGCUGCUGCCGCUUUUGCUCGAAAUACUGCCGGUGUCCUAUCUACUUCAUUACCAUCGUGUAAUAGUCAUCAUCGUCAUAGUAGUAGUAGCUUAGUGCUUCAUUCAGAAAACAUAAAAAUGACUACAUCAUUAGAUUCCAGUGAAAGUGAUCCUAAUAAUAGUUAUGAUAUUAACCAACAAACAUGUUGUUCCGAAACUGCAACAUCGGCUUCAAGUUGUUCUAGUUGUUGCGCCUGUGGUGGAGGUAGCCUAAGUUGCUGCAGUGGAAGCACAAGCGGGUUCGGGUCGAAUUCUUCAGACCUGUCACUUACCAGUAGUGUUAAUUAUCCCGGGGUGAAAUCUAAUACAUACCACAAUAAAAAACAACACAAUUAUUCAAACUGUACAUGUCAUGAUAAUAAAACUGUUGAAAUAAGUAAUUGUUCAAUGGAUCACAGUUGUUCCACUCAACGAUCUUACUGUCAUCACCAAUCUCGACGUGCUAAUGAAUUUAGAUAUCCUCAAGUACCACAAACUGGCCAAAUCAAUAUAAAUAGUAAUGGCACAUGCGGUAACAAUAAUAGUAACGAAGAUGAAAAGGGUGCAUCUAUAUUUAUAAAUGGUAAUGCCGGAAAUUUUCAGAACUCUAAUAAUACUCAACAAACGUCUUAUGUUGCAUCGGGACAAAAUAAUUCGAUUGCAAAUACCAAUGUAGCCACGACAUCAUUAACAACAACAACUAUUCCUACCCGACGUUAUAACCGUAGAGUUGUCCUACCUCCCGUAAGAAUGACCCAUAACCCCGAAGUGGAUUCUUUAUUACGUGAAAUCAUGGAAAGAAAUAGUCAGGCUGUAAAUUUCGAUUCUCGUGAAAUGCAUAUGGCUGUUCAACAAGAAUUACGACUUCGUAAUCGUACUAUUCAUACUGCUGCUUCAGUUUCUGGUGGGUCCAUUUCUUCAAUUAGUUCAGCUGAUGGUUCUAUAGAAGCUAAUGCCGGAUCUAGUAGUCAAACAUCAACGAAUGACAUGAAAUGUAACCAUCAUCAUCAUAGUUCUCCGAAUCAUGAACAUUUGGCUAAACGUCAUUGUUCACAUCAUUGUUAUUUCAGUUGUGAUUAAGAUGAAGAAAAAAGAAGAUAUUUUGUUUUUCUCAUAUCUGCUUGAUCUUUAAUGUACACCACUAUCGUACAGAGUUAUCAUCUCUGUUAUUAGCACAAUUAUCAGUCUUAACAUACAUAUAUAUAAUACUCGUGUACAGGUUUCAACUGUGUACUGAGCAAAUAAUUGGCUGUUAAAGUUUAUCUGUGUGUUGUAGAAAUUUCCUUUUCAAUAUUUUUGUUUUUAAUAUUUCCUUUUUAAAUUAUUAUUUUGACUCUUGAUGACAUACAUUAAUCCUUAUUGCUUUAGAAAAUAUUCCUUAUUCUUCGUCAUUUGUAUUUCUAUUGUAUUAAGUGUUCAUCUGUGUUUGCCAGUGAUGCAUAUUAAAAUGAAAGCAAAGGGAGUAGCGGUGAUGAUGGACUUUAAAGGCGGAAGGGAAUGGAGAAAUUAUAAGGAAUACAAAUCACCGUCUAAAUAGAAUGUACAAUCAACUUGCCUACAAUCUAGAGUACUAGUAAAACACUGAGCUUUUUAUGCAUAUAUUUUUGGCGGAUAUUGUUUUUGUUACAUAUAACUUAUACACUUUCCCACUGUAUGUAAAAAAAAAAACAAUAAGAGUUAUUUAUCAGUGACUGUUUGUCUAUGUGUUUAUCUUUUCCAUUUACACUUCGUCUGGCUGCUAACAUUACAAUAAUAUACAUUUAUUCAUAUGUUGUUUACAUUAAUGUUAUCUUUCUUUAGUCAGAAUAAUUAAUGUCUUCUUUCGUUGUAUAUGUCAAUAUAUAAUGUUUUAUUGUUUGUGGACAGUUUGUUUUCGUUCUUUCAAUGAUCAAUCUUUUUUUUUCUUUUUGUUUGCAAAACAAAUGAGUAGCAUCACACAAAUAUCUCAAACUGUUAUAUUUUCUUUUCUCGUUACUUACGUUAUCUUCUUUGUUUGUUUAUCUUCUUUAAGUUGCUAUGAUGUGUACACCUAUAUGCACGCACAUGUGGGACAUCUCUAGAGAUUUGCAUUAAUCUCAUGUUACAUUAUUUUUUUUUAGUUUGCCUUUUUUUCACGAUACUCUUCUUUCUGUCAGUUAUCCUCACUUUGACUAUUAUUAUUACCAAUAAUAAUAAUAAUAGUAGUAGCAGUAGUAGUGACUUGGUGUCCUAUUACACUUUUGCUAUUUUUAAGUGUAAAAUAUAAUCAACAAAUUGUUAUUUUUGAAAUCAUGUAAAAAAGGAUUAGUAGUUAAACAAUGAGUUUUCUUUUCCUUUUUGUUGUCAUUACGUUGGCUUUUUCACCCGUAUUUUACAGUUUCCAUUUAUUGUUUACCUACUUUGUUUUGUUUUAGUUGUAACUAGUUGUUUCCCUUGUGUGUUUAUGUAUAUCUCUUGUUUACUUCUGUUAUUUUCUGGAAUUUCUAUCUUGCUUUCUCUUAAACCAUCUAUCUUAAACUCUUCUGAAAGGAAGAAAUGUUCAAAAAACCUGAUAAUAGCUACGAUUGUAUGAAUAUACACCUUAUCUAUGCUAUUUAUUUGUUCUCAAAUUCAUUUGAUUGAUUUUGAUCGUUAACCUAUGUAUUAUCUAACGAUAAGGAUAAAAUUUCUAUACAC